UGCUAGCCUGGUUCAACUAGUGGAAGGAUGCACAACGGUGUUUUCCCAAUUUUUCUCGAUUAUAGGUAGAAAAGACUACGCUUUCGCAGAUUUUUUUUUUGAAAACAGCUUGUCCGGAGUUUAAAUUAGAAUACAAAAAGAAUAUCAUGGCUUCAGUACCUAAUGCCUGUUUUGCGGCUACUAAUAUAUAUGCCAACUACCACAAGCAUAAAGUUAUCAGUGAUAUCGAGGAAACUCCACCACCGAGUCCUCCUCGUCCAAGGUCCCCUGCUUCAACUCCGUCAAAGUGGCUCAAUACUGCUUUCGGUUAUUUCCAGGGACGACCUAGGAGUAGUUCUCAGCCUGAUAACUACAAAACUGACCAACCCACCAAUUCCAAGCCAUCUCCUCGAAGUGUUAUUUUGGCUACGCAUCCCUACCUGUCAGCAGGUGAUAAUAGCAUUACAAACCGCACCAGUAGCAGCACCCCAUCUUCUCCUAACCUGAAUGAAAGACGUAAACGUAGUGAUACAUGUUCAUAGAACUUGCUCUAUCUUAGUCAAUGUUUCCUCUUUUUAUGACUUUACUGUAAAGGCGUUAAUUUCCACAUGUGUUUAAUUUCACUCUUUUAAAGGAAAAGUCAAGCCAAACAACAUAAUGACCCCUCAAGAAAAAGCUCCACAAAUGUAGGAGAAUGCAAUUUACAGGUUUUUUUUAUAUCACUUUUCAUUCUCUAGAUAUUCAACUUUUCAUCAAUUUAUGUAGUCCGCCGUCUUGAUUCUCAAGCAUCAGAUAAAUCAUUUACUCAAUAAUUACUGACAAGAGAUUCUAUGAUGUCAUACUUUACCCAUAAUCCUUUGCUUGAGAAUCAAGAUGGCUGACUACAUAAAUUGAUGAAAAGUUUAAUAUCUGGAGAAUGAAAAGUGAUAUAAGAAAACUGUAAAUUGCAUGUUCUUACAUUUGCCGAGCUCUUUUAUCUGGGAGUAUUAUGUUGUUAGCCUUAACUUUUUCUUUAAGCUAGUUCCCUGGGUUUCAUUGAUUUUUCAAUGAAUCAAUUAGUUUUAUUGUAAGCCUGCACAUUGAUGUAUCUCAGUGGAUUUCACUUACCCAGUGAAUUAUUCGUAAUUAUAAUGCGAAAUCCAAUCAUUCCCUUCUGCCUUUAACUAAAUUUUUUUAAACUUGUAUAUAUUUAUUAUGAUUGA